AUGACCAGCUGCUGGCUUGCCUUGGUCGGAUUGUGGUGGAGCGCUUAUUACUGCAUGUUCCUGGUCGCGGGGAGUAAUUAUUCACUGGAUGGAAACAACGAAGUGCACCCGGGUUUCAUCCACCGGCGGUUGCGGACGCACGAGAAGAGGGAGAUGCAGAAGGAGAUCCUGUCCAUCCUCGGGCUGCCGCACAGACCGAGACCGCAUCUGUCACACGGAAAGUACAACUCCGCUCCACUGUUCAUGUUGGACUUAUACAACACCAUAUCUAGCGAGGAGAAAAGCCAAGUGCAAGGCAUGCUGGACAGAUAUCAGACCAUGCGGACGACCCAGAGUCCUCUUCUGGCCACAUAUCAAGAAACUGCCUUUCUAAAUGACGCAGAUAUGGUGAUGAGCUUCGUUAAUCUAGUGGAGUACGACAGGGAGCUCUCUGCACAGCGGCGUCACCACAAGGAAUUUAAGUUCAACCUCUCACAGAUCCCAGAGGGCGAGGCCGUCACCGCAGCGGAGUUUCGCCUCUACAAGGAGUGUGUGAGCCGCGCCUUCCGCAAUGACACCUUUCUACUCAAAGUCUAUCAGGUGGUCAAGGAGCACCCUGACAGAGAGGCAGACCUGUUCCUGCUGGAAUCUCGCAGGCUGUGGGCGGCUGAGGAGGGUUGGCUGGAGUUUGACAUUACUGCCACCAGCAACCUGUGGGUGAUGAGCCCAGUGCACAACCUUGGCCUGCAGGUCAGCGUGGAGACCAGCAGCGGGCAGAGCAUCAGCUCCAAGGAGGCGGGGCUCGUAGGACGUGACGGCGCGCUGGAGAAGCAGCCUUUCAUGGUGGCGUUCUUCAAAGUCAGUGAAGUGCACGUCCGCACGGCCCGUUCCCCCGGCGGAAAACGUCGCCAGCAGAACCGCAACCGUUCCACACAACCACAGGAGGGAUCCAGAGGCCUAGGCCCAGCAGAUUACAACAGCAGUGAUCAGAAGACGGCGUGCAGAAGACAUGAGCUCUACGUCAGCUUCAGAGAGCUGGGCUGGCAGGAUUGGAUCAUUGCUCCCGAAGGCUACGCAGCCAACUACUGUGACGGAGAGUGCUCAUUCCCCCUUAAUGCCCACAUGAACGCCACCAACCACGCCAUCGUACAGACACUGGUGCACCUGAUGAACCCUGAGAACGUACCGAAGCCAUGCUGCGCCCCCACCAAGCUCCAUGCCAUCUCAGUGCUCUACUUCGACGACAACUCCAACGUCAUACUGAAGAAAUACAAGAACAUGGUGGUACGUGCCUGCGGCUGCCACUGACACCGGCGUCGAGGGCUGAAAACGCUCAAUUCGAGUUGAGAGAAAGUCGGGUCGGCAAAGGGCUGCGACUCCUGAGUGACGUUGACCUCAACUAGACACCAGCUUCCUGCCCAAAAUCCUCAGCCUGCAAGAUAUGUCCACCCUGAAAGAUCAUUACCAUGUUCUUUUCCAAUAAUCUUGGACAGUUCAAAAUAUCCAUCUAACAACACGAACAUUCACCAAACUAAGAGGGGACCAUUGCAAAAAUGGCACCAAAUGGGUGUCAUCCAAUAGGCAACUUCACCCUACUCCAGUGUUGAGCCACCAAGUUGUCACCUUCUCCAUU